UCUGAGCCGCAGACCGACAGUCAGGAAACAGAACCGCAGCGAGCCGAACCGCCGCAGCUCCUCGGAGAGAUCAAGCGGCGCCUCAUCGCUGAGCUCGGGGUUUAUCCGGGGGGUGGAAGGCCCUCCCGGGAGGACAGACACCGGCGGAACAGCCGCCGCCCCGAACCCCGUCCGUUAGGGACGGACUGCCGAUCCCCAGGUUCCGGUCGCUCCGGGCAGGUAGACGUUAGCAGGCGGCUCGACUAGUUAGCUGCCCCGGGUCAACCGACUGACUAGCAGGUCAACCGACUAACCAGCGGGUUAGCGCCGUUGAGCGGGAAUUGAUAUUUUUCACCUCCCACCGUUGGAUUACACGCGUGAACCGGUCCGGUUCCCCCCGGUUACUGUCUUCAAGGAGACACCCCAGAUGUGGAGCCGGGGUCCGGCGGCUGCUGAGCGGGCAUGGCGGGCUGGAGGAGCCUCCCGGAGCAGCCGUAGCUCUCCGCACUGAGUCCGGAGGAGAUGAGUUUUAUUCCGGCAGUUUGCUGCUCCUCCUGAGGAGGGAUACCUGCCACACAAAGCCCGGUAACGGGACUUUUUCUUUUAUAUUACCGGCGUUUUUAAGUCUUUGAAGAGGAGAUGAAGAAGAUGGAGAAUAAAAACAAGAGGAAGCUGAGCAGUCUGGAGCAGCAGGACAGCGGAGAGGAGCAGAAAGACGAGAAGGAGUUUGCCGCUCCUCCUCCUCCUCCUCCUCCUCUGCUGCUCUUCAGGAAGCUGAGCAACCCGGACCUGGCCCCCGCCGCCUCCGCCGCCACCAAAUCCAAGCUGCAGCGGCAGCUGAGCCAGGACGAGGGGCGGUCCCGCCGCAGCAGCCUGGCCAUGACGGGAAAGCAGCUGCUGCCGCUGUCCUGCAGCCUGCAUGCCGGCGUCAGCCAGGCCGCCUCGCUGGGCCCCCCCGGGGGGGCGGCGGGCCCCGGGGCCCCCGGGUGGCCGUCCGGAGCCGGAGGAGACGGGAGCAACCUGGUGCGGAUGAGGAGCCAGGUUCUGGGGCAGUCUGCGCCCUCGCUCAGCGGACUGAAGGAGCUGAGUCUUCCCAGAAGAGGCAGUUUCUGUCGAGCGAGCAACAGGAAGAGUUUGAUUGUGACGUCCAGCACCUCCCCCACUCUUCCUCGGCCGCACUCGCCUCUGCACGGACACACAGGCACCAGCCCACUGGACAGCCCUCGCAACUUCUCCCCCAACACCGCCGCACACUUCUCCUUCGUUCCUGCACGCAGCCACGGACACAGAGCCGACAGGACUGAUGGCAGACGCUGGUCUCUGGCCUCGCUGCCCUCCUCCGGGUACGGCACCAACACCCCCAGCUCCACUGUCUCGUCCUCCUGUUCAUCUCAGGAGAAGCUCCACCAGCUGCCCUUCCAGCCCACGCCAGACGAGCUGCACUUCCUCACCAAGCACUUCAGCUCCGAGAGCGUUACCGACGACGACGGCCGCCGCUCCCCCGCCAUGAGACCGCGCUCCCGCAGCCUCAGCCCUGGACGCUCGCCGGUCUCCUUCGACCAUGAGAUCAUGAUGAUGAACCAUGUGUACAAGGAGCGCUUCCCUAAGGCGACGGCUCAGAUGGAGGAGCGUCUGGCCGAGCUGCUCGCCUCCUCGGCCCCAGAGAAGGUCCGCCCGCUGGCCGACGGGGUCCUGAGCUUCAUCUACCACCAGCUGAUCGAGCUGUCCAGGGACUGCCUGGACAAAAGCAGGGAGGACCUCAUCACCUCCAGAUACUUCUACGAGCUGCAGGAGAGCCUGGAGAAGCUGCUGCAGGACGCUCACGAGCGCUCAGAGAGCGAAGAGGUGACCUUCGUCACACAACUGGUGAAGAAGCUGAUGAUCAUCAUCGCCCGGCCGGCUCGACUCCUGGAGUGUCUGGAGUUCGAUCCAGAGGAGUUCUACCACCUGCUGGAGGCCGCUGAAGGCCACGCCAAAGAGGGCCAGGGCAUCAAGUCCGACAUCCCGCGGUACAUCAUCAGCCAGCUGGGCCUGACCCGCGACCCGCUGGAGGAAAUGACCCAGCUGAGCAGCUACGACAGCGGGAACCCCGAGACCCCCGAGACCGACGACUCAGUCGAUAGCCAAAGUACCACGGUCCCUGCAGCCCCCCCGCAGACCAAAGCCAGGGCUCCUCGAGAGGAGGACUUCGAGACCAUCAAGCUCAUCAGUAACGGGGCUUACGGGGCUGUGUAUCUUGUGCGUCACAAGGAAACCAGGCAGAGGUUCGCCAUGAAGAAGAUCAACAAGCAGAACCUGAUCCUUCGGAACCAGAUCCAGCAGGCCUUCGUGGAGCGGGACAUCCUGACAUUUGCUGAGAACCCGUUUGUUGUCUCCAUGUUCUGCUCCUUUGAGACCAGGAGGCACCUGUGCAUGGUGAUGGAGUACGUGGAGGGUGGAGACUGCGCCACGCUGCUGAAGAACAUCGGCGCUCUGCCCGUCGACAUGGCCCGCCUGUACUUCGCUGAGACCGUCCUGGCCCUGGAGUACCUCCACAACUACGGCAUCGUGCACCGGGACCUCAAACCCGACAAUCUCCUCAUCACCUCCCUGGGGCACGUCAAGCUGACGGACUUUGGCCUCUCCAAGAUCGGCCUGAUGAGUCUGACCACCAACCUGUACGAGGGCCACAUAGAGAAGGACACCAGAGAGUUCCUGGACAAGCAGGUGUGCGGCACUCCGGAGUACAUCGCCCCGGAGGUGAUCCUGCGGCAGGGCUACGGGAAGCCUGUGGACUGGUGGGCCAUGGGCGUCAUCCUGUACGAGUUCCUGGUGGGCUGCGCCCCCUUCUUCGGAGACACGCCGGAGGAGCUGUUCGGUCAGGUCAUCAGCGACGAGAUCGUGUGGCCGGAGGGCGACGAGGCGCUGCCUCAGGACGCACAGGACCUCAUCUCCCAGCUGCUCCGACAGAACCCGCUGGAGCGGCUCGGGACAGGUGGAGCCUUCGAGGUGAAGCAGAACCCGUUCUUCACGGAGCUGGACUGGACCGGGCUGCUGAGGCAGAAGGCCGAGUUCAUCCCUCAGCUGGAGUCUGAGGACGACACCAGUUACUUCGACACUCGUUCGGACCGGUACCACCACGUGGAUUCAGAGGAGGAAGACGACACCAACGACGAUGAACACGUGGAGCUGCGGCAGUUCUCCUCCUGCUCGCCUCGCUUUAACAAGGUGUACAGCAGCAUGGAGCGCCUGUCUCUGCACGAGGAGAAGCGGACGCCUCCACCCACCAAGCGCAGCCUCAGCGAGGAGGGAGGAGAUCGCAUCGACAGCCUGAGCGGACUCAAGUCCCGGGACCGGACCUGGCUGGCCGGGUCUCCAGAGAUCCUCAGGAAGCGUCUGUCCGUCUCGGAGUCCUCCCACACGGAGAGCGACUCCAGCCCUCCUCUGACGGUCAGGAGGCGCUGCUGCUCCGCCAUCAUCGAGAUGCCGCGCUUCGCCAUCUCCACGGAGGAGGAGGCGGGUCCAGGGGGCGCCGGCAGCAGGAAAAGUCCCAGCCUGCUGGGUCCCACGGCGGCGAGGGGCCCGCGCUCCGACGAGCUGCCGCUCACCAUCCCGGAGCUGCCGGUGGAGCGGGAGCUGAAGCUGGACGAGUCGCCCACCACGCCCACCUCCACCUGCAGCCAGCAGAGCAAGGCCACCCUCACACCGGGGAGCUCCGGGGAUGUUGGUGAACGAGCCAACGGCGGCGGGGCGACCAGACCCACCGCAGACGCCGGCUCGCCGUCCACGCCGAAGGCCAUCAGCGACCUGGCGGCCCGCAGGGCCCGCCAUCGCCUCCUGUCCGGAGACGCGGACAAACACGCGGCGAGCUCCAGCUCCCGGCCGUUCACCAAGGUCAUCAAGUCGGCCUCGGCCAACACGCUGUCGCUGGUGAUCCCCGGAGACCAUCACGGAGCGUCCCCAUUGGCCAGCCCCAUGUCGCCUCACUCCCUGUCCUCCAAUCCCUCGUCCCGGGACUCGUCUCCCAGCCGCGACCUGUCUCCGGCCGUGACCAACGUCAAGCCGGCCAUCGUCAUCCACCGAGCGGGAAAGAAGUACGGCUUCACGCUGAGGGCCAUCCGGGUCUACAUGGGCGACACCGACAUCUACACCGUGCAUCACAUGGUCUGGCACGUGGAGGAGGGCGGCCCGGCGCAGGAGGCGGGGCUCAGGGAGGGCGACCUGAUCACGCACGUGAACGGCGAGCCGGUCCACGGUCUGGUUCACACGGAGGUGGUGGAGCUGGUACUGAAGAGCGGAGCCAAGGUGUCCAUCUGUGCCACGCCAUUCGAAAACACGUCCAUCAAAGUCGGCCCCGCCCGCAAGACGAGCCACAAGUCCAAGAUGGCGAGGCGCGUCAAGAAAACGAAGAACAAGGAGGGACAGGACAGCAGCAAGAAGAGGACGUCUCUCUUCAGGAAGAUCACCAAGCAGGCGUCGCUGCUCCACACCAGCCGCAGCCUCUCCUCGCUCAACCGCUCGCUCUCAUCGGGGGAGAGCGGCCCCGGCUCCCCCACCCACAACCUGUCGCCCCGCAGCCCCACGCAGGGCUACAGGUCCACGCCAGACUCCGCCCACUCAGUUGGAGGGAACUCGUCUCAGAGCAGCUCCCCCAGCUCCAGCGUCCCCAACUCCCCGGCGAGCUCCGGUCACAUCCGGCCCAGCUCCCUCCACGGCCUCGCCCCCAAGCUGCAGCGCCAGUACCGCUCCCCCCGCCGCAAGUCCGCAGGCAACAUCCCCCUCUCCCCCCUGGCCCGCACGCCUUCCCCCACCCCCCAGAGCAGCUCCCCCCAGCGCUCCCCGUCUCCGCUCCCCAACCACGCCAUGGGGCAGUCCUUCCCCGUGAAGCUCCACUCCUCCCCCCCGCUGGUCAGACAGAUCUCCAGGCCCAAGAGCGCCGAGACGCCGCGCUCCCCGCUGCUGAAGAGGGUGCAGUCGGCUGAGAAACUCGCCGCUUCACUCUCCAGCUCCCCUUCGUCUCCCGCCGCCAUGGGGGGAGCGGCGGCGGCGGCAGGAAGCCGGAAGCACAGCCUGGACAUCUCCCAUUCAGAGUUCAAGAAGGAGAUUCUGCAACGGGAGCCGAGCCUGCAGAGCCUUCAGGAGUCGGCCGGCGAGGGGCUGCACAAGCACGUCUCCUCGUCCAGGAAACUGGGUCGGCAGGAAGGGGACGGCGCCCUCGGCCCGGUGACCGGCGCCCUCGGUCUGAAGAGCAAGCUGAAGGACAAGCUGUCGGCCAUCCGGCAGGACCGAGCGGAGCGGCGGGAGUCGCUGCAGAAGCAGGACGCCAUCCACGAGGUGGACUCCUCCGAGGACGAGACGGACGAAGGCUCUGAGGACAGCCAGGACGGACGCAGGCCGGCCACCUUCACCCCUCCCCCCCUGCUGAGGCCCACCUCGGUGAGGACCGGCCCGGGCGGCACCCUGCCCUCCCUUUUCCUCGCCCCCUGCACCCCCCACGCAACCUUCAGCCACACGGCGCCGCCCCCGACCGGCAGGGCGCCCCCCUCCCUCCCGGAGCAGAGGCCCCCCCAGAGCGGCCCCUCCCCCGCAGGAGGAGACAGGAGUGCUGCCUCGUCUGCAGAGGGGGCUGCAGAACCCGGCCAGGCCCCCCUCCCCUUCUCCACCCCCGGCAGCGCCUUCAGCUCUGUCAGCAAGCCGCCCCCCCAACAAGACCCCCAGGGUCCAUCCAGUAAGAGCCAGCAGAAGCCCACAGCGCCCCCUGCUGCCGGUUCCCCCGACUGUAGAACCACGGAGCCCCCCCGCUCCUCCUGCUCCUCCCCCGGCAUCCCUAAGGAGAAGAAGGAGGCCGACAACCGGAGGCUGUGUGCCGCCGCCGCGGGUCAGAGCGCCCCGCCCCCCCCACCCACCCCCCCGCCGCCGCCCGCUGAGACCGGCAUGGACCGGGUGGUGUCCCAGCUUGCUACGGUAGCAAAGAGCGUCCUGGGUCCAGUCAAGCUCGCCACGUCUUCUGACAGAACCGCAAAGGAGCAGAAGCCUGCGGCCCCCCGGCCCCCCCACCCGGCCCCCAGCAGACCCAAGACCACCAGACCCCCCGCCCAGAGAGACUCUGCAGCGGCCCAGUCCUGCAGGGACGCAUCGGAGCGGCCCGCUUCAGGGCCCGCCACGUCCGGCCCAGAAUCAGACCCCGCCGCCCCGGGGAGGUCCGACCCCCCCCCAGCGACCGCCAGCACCCCGCCGGCCCCCCCGCUGCUCGGCAGAGCCUCCAGCAGGAAGACGUAGCGCCAGAACCGGCCGCCGCGCUCCGAGCUGCGCUGAUCCGGUACUUUUAUCAGACUGAGCUCCGUUGGGACUGUUUUUAUCUUCCUGUGUUACUUCAGUGUUCUGACCCGCUUUUAGCCAAACCGACCCGUGUUCAGUGUUCUGACCCAA